GUUUUUUGCAGUUUAGUCGGCGGCAGUAUCUCACACCCGUGCACCGGUUAUCGCCGACGGAAAUAGGCUUAAAAAAAAAGAAACCGAGCAUCCGAUGAAUAGCAGCUUAUCAACAAACGAUUUCAAACGGGUUUUCAAUGAGUUUUUCAAUUACUUUGUUUAUUAAGCUUUUGAUUGACUAGUAUUCGAAUAUAUAGCACCAGCAUGUCCACGUCAACUACCUACAAGACCGAGGAACCAGCAGAACAGGCUUCGAGCGAGAUGGAGAGCUCGUCGCGUCAACUGGUACGUUCUGAAGGGCCUAAAAGAAAGAAGAAGACUGAGUUUGAUGAAGAAAGAAAACGUCCAAUAUAUCCGUGGUCUGAUUCAUUCAAAGAUUGGUUCAAGCACGGGAUCUUGAAGAACUAUACUGAUGAACAAGUUGAAUCGAAAUUGCUUUCACAUUUACCAUUUUAUCCAGUAUCCGAUGGUAAAAGAGUGGCAAAAAUCAUUGAUACUAAGUUAGAUGAUGGUAAUUAUAUUCAUGAAUUUUGUAUUGAGAACAUCGAAUGUGAUAAUAGUGACUCAAAUGAAGGAAAUGAAGAAGGAGUAUUAUCAAAAAUAGGGUUAGGUAAAUCACUCACCCCUCCAGAAGUAACUGACGUUGUAUUGGUACACGGGUAUGCAGCAUCAUUAGGACUUUUCAUUGAUAAUUUCGAUUCAUUAUCAAGUAUCCCCGGGGUGAAAAUACACGCUAUUGACUUAUUGGGUUUUGGAUUUAGUUCAAGACCAAAGUUCCCAAAAUUUCCAAAUAACACUAAGGAAGAUAUUUAUAAAGUUGAAGAUUGGUUUAUUGAUUCGAUGGAAGAAUGGAGAAUCAAACGUAACAUUAACCGUUUCAUCCUUAUUGGACACUCUUUUGGUGGGUACCUUAGUUGUGCUUACGCAAUGAAGUAUAAUCGUAAAUUAAUUGACGCAUCUUCAAAAGCUCAGAAUUUAAUUGAUAAGAUGAUUUUGGUUAGUCCGGUAGGGGUUGAAAGAAGUAAAUAUUCUUUAAUUAAAAAUGAUACUGAUCUGGAAACCCGUUUGGAAAAUCAAUCAGAAUCUCAAGUCCCUUUAACUCGUGAAUUAACUGCCGAUCAAGAGAGUAUUGUUCAAGGAACUGAUACCCAACCAGAAGUUGAGAAUGAUGAUGAAAAUACUAGAGGAAGAAAAUUCUUAUAUCAUUUAUGGAGACAUCACUAUUCUCCAUUCGGAAUUGUUCGUAAUAUCGGCCCAGUAAGAUCAAAGUUCAUAUCAAGAUGGACUACUCAUAGAUUUGCUCAUGUUUAUUAUCAAAAUCCUGAACAUUUUUUCAAUGUUCAUAAUUAUAUUUAUAGAAUCUUUAAUGGUCCUGGUAGUGGUGAGUACGCCAUAACCCGAGUUUUAGAUGUUGGUGCCAUGGCUAGACUACCUCUUAUUGAUCGUGUUCCUCAAAAAGUUGUUGAUAUGAAGUUACCAACCCUUUGGUUAUACGGAGAUAAAGACUGGAUGAAUGAUGAAGCUGGUCAAGAAAUUACUGCAGAAAUUAACCAACUAGCUAAAAAGACAUCCCCUCCUAUCAAUUCUUUGGCUCAAUUCGGAUACAUUACAAAUGCUGGCCAUCACUUAUACCUUGACAACCCUCCUGAUUUUGCAAAAGUGGUAUUCAAAUUUUUAGGUUUCAAAAAGUGAUUGUCUUUUGGUCAAUACAUAUCGAUCUCAUUGAUACUUCAAUUCUUGUUAAAUACUUUCCCCUAUAUUUUCUUUAUAUUUUUAGACUUAUUUUAUAUUACACAUAUGAUCAU